UUGAUUAAUAAGAAUUUUAAGGUAUCUCUUAAUAGGCAUUUGUAAUAGGCAGUAGGUAGAUAUUCUGUGGCUGCAGAUCCUGUGACACAUACCUGUGGGGGUAACUUCAGCCCCUGGGGAUAGUCACAAGCCAGUUAAACAGAAAAACUCAAAGACCUGACUAACUUGCUGACUUCCGCAGUGUCCUUGCGUGGGAGAUGGAGAGAAAUUGGAAACACUCUCAGAGGACAAGGUUUGCUUAGUAUAUGAAGCCUUUGCCCUUGAUAUUUCCUCUGUUUGGAAUAUUUUCCCCCAUAUCUGCCUCAAAUUUCCCUUCUAUAGUAGGCAGAAUAAUGCUCCCCUCCCCCAAUAGGUCCACAUACUAAUCCCUAGAACUGUGAAUAUGUUAGGUUUCAUGGCAAGAAGAAUUAAGGUUGCAGAUGGAAUUAAAGGGCUAAUCAGCUGAUCUUUGAGUCGGGAUUAUCCAGGUGGGCCCAAUAUAAUCACAACGAUCCUUAUAAGUGGAAGAAGGAAGUAGAAGAGAGAUAAUCAGAGAGACAGCGAUGUUGGAAGGAUUCAAACUGACAUUAAUGGCCUUGAAGAGGAAGGAAUGGGGACGAAAGCCAAGGAAUGUGGGCAGCCUCUAGAAGCUGAAAAAGACAAGGAAACAGAAUCUCUCCUACAGUCUCUAGAAAGAAUGAAGCCCCACUAACACCUCUCUGUCAGCCCUGGAAGACUCAUUUUGGACUUCUCACCUCAAGAAUUGUAAGAAAAUAAAUUUGUGUGGUUUUAAGCCAUCAGAUUGGUGGUAAUUUAUUACAACAGUAGUGGGAAACAAAUACACCUCUUUAGCAGUUGAUCUCAGCUCCAAUGUCAUCUUCCUAAUAAGACUUUCCUUGACAGCCCUCGCCUGCUAAAGUAUCUCCCCAACCACCAGGCGUUUUCUAUAACGCACUUUUUGUUUGCUUCUGAUUAUUGAAAAUUAUUGUAUUUCCAUGUCAUUGCUCUUCCCUCUCAUAAGAAUGUAAGUUAUAGAAAGGACUUUGUUGCUCUUAUUCACCUAUGUAUCUCCAUUGCUUAGGACAUGGGAACAUAGUAGACAUUGAAUAAAUAUUUGUUGUGUGAAUGAGUCGUAAGCUAAUGAGGACCAUAAAACUCAUGCCACUGCUAAAUCACAAUUAGAGGGCAGCUGUUAGAAGAGUCCCAAACCCAGUAAGUCCUGUAUUGCAGGAACUGUCCAACAGAAAACAGGAAUAAAAACAAUUAGCAAGAAUAAUAUGAAAUCAGUUGCUUAAUUCCACGCAGUGGAGGCAGAAAUCUUGAAUAGUAAAUACUCUCCGUGAACAAGUGCAGACAAGAGUCCCGUGAUUGCCAAUAAGUAAUCAUUUUGUUAAGACCAGAGAGGGGUCAAAUAUAGGUAAACUGAGUUAAUCACAUAAACUGCUCAAUCAUCACAAUUAUUAAAAGAUCACACACAAAAAUACAUUAACAGGAGAAAAAUAGUAAAACAGGACAAAACAGUAAAAUUACUUUCUUUUACUACUGAUGGGUCAAUUUUCUACUGGAAAUUCUGAAAAGUAUCAGGUUCAGCUAAAGACUGCAGUGUUGAUCAUCUCUCCAGUUUUCCUAGUGUGAAAUGAAAUAAGCAGACCUGGUACUUAAAAAGACACUUUAAGAAAGGUCUGGCCCCAGAGAGGCAGGAUCCGCCUAGCCCAGUGAGUGAGGCCGUCCUGACACCUCGUCAAUGCCCUUGUGUCAACAUUCUAGAAAAUGGACUCCUGGCUCAUUGCUCCGCCUAGAGCCCCGCCACCUCCAAAGGGUAGCACCGGCCACCCGCUCCGCAAAGUCCACUCUCAGCCGCGCAAAACUAGGGGGUAGUUGUCCCGAAGGGGCCUGAGCGCUCACUCAGUCAGCCAAUGGCCACGGAGCUAGGGCGGGACCUGAGGGUAUCCUGCCAAUGGGAGUACGGCAGGGCUGGAGGGAGUGCCUGGGUCUCAGGGCUGCGGUGGAGUUCGCACCUCCAGCUCGGGCCGAUGUGGAAGCUUUGGAGAGCUGAAGAGGGCGCGGCGGCGCUCGGCUGCGCGCUCUUCCUGCUGCUCUUCGCGCUAGGGGUCCGCCAGCUGCUGAAGCAGAGGCGGCCGAUGGGCUUCCCCCCGGGGCCGCCGGGGCUGCCAUUUAUCGGCAACAUCUAUUCCCUGGCAGCCUCAUCCGAGCUUCCCCAUGUCUACAUGAGAAAGCAGAGCCAGGUGUACGGAGAGAUCUUCAGUUUAGAUCUUGGAGGCAUAUCAACUGUGGUUCUAAAUGGCUAUGAUGUAGUAAAGGAAUGCCUUGUUCAUCAAAGUGAAAUUUUUGCAGACAGACCAUGCCUUCCUUUAUUCAUGAAGAUGACAAAAAUGGGAGGCUUACUCAAUUCCAGAUAUGGCCGAGGAUGGGUCGAUCACAGACGAUUAGCUGUAAACAGUUUUCGAUAUUUUGGAUAUGGCCAAAAGUCUUUUGAAUCUAAAAUCUUGGAAGAAACCAAAUUUUUCAAUGAUGCUAUUGAAACGUACAAAGGUAGACCUUUUGACUUUAAACAGUUAAUAACGAAUGCUGUUUCAAACAUAACCAAUCUGAUCAUUUUUGGAGAACGAUUCACUUAUGAAGACACCGAUUUUCAGCACAUGAUUGAGUUAUUUAGUGAAAAUGUGGAACUAGCUGCCAGUGCCUCAGUCUUCUUGUAUAAUGCCUUUCCAUGGAUUGGCAUCCUGCCUUUUGGAAAACAUCAACAGCUGUUUAGAAAUGCAGCCGUAGUCUAUGAUUUUCUCUCCAGACUCAUUGAAAAAGCUUCAGUCAACAGAAAGCCUCAGCUACCUCAGCAUUUUGUUGAUGCUUAUUUAGAUGAGAUGGAUCAAGGUAAAAAUGACCCAGCAUCUACUUUCUCCAAAGAAAACCUAAUUUUCUCAGUGGGUGAACUCAUCAUUGCUGGAACUGAAACUACAACCAAUGUGCUACGGUGGGCGAUUCUUUUCAUGGCCCUUUAUCCUAAUAUUCAAGGACAAGUUCAGAAAGAGAUUGAUUUAAUUAUGGGCCCUAAUGGGAAGCCUUCUUGGGACGACAAAUGCAAAAUGCCUUAUACUGAGGCAGUUUUGCAUGAAGUUUUAAGAUUCUGUAAUAUAGUUCCAUUAGGGAUUUUCCAUGCAACCUCUGAAGAUGCAGUUGUACGUGGUUAUUCCAUUCCUAAAGGCACAACAGUAAUUACAAAUCUUUAUUCUGUACACUUUGAUGAAAAGUACUGGAGAGACCCAGAAGUGUUCCAUCCUGAGCGAUUUCUGGACAGCAGUGGAUAUUUUGCCAAGAAGGAAGCUUUGGUUCCUUUUUCCCUAGGAAGAAGACAUUGUCUUGGAGAACAGUUGGCUCGCAUGGAAAUGUUCUUGUUUUUUACAGCAUUGCUUCAGAGGUUUCAUUUGCAUUUUCCACAUGAACUAGUUCCAGAUCUGAAGCCCAGGUUAGGCAUGACAUUGCAGCCCCAACCCUACCUCAUCUGUGCUGAAAGACGCUGAAACUGCCUGGGAUGUUUUCGGGAACAAGGAUGUAUAUUUGCCUUAUCCCUGAACUUGGUUUAAUCAAAUCAAUGUGUGUAUUAGAAUAAAAGUCACAGCAUCAAAAAGCCAAAUGAA